AUGGACCUGAAAUCAAAUCAUGCUGCUCCUGUUCUCACUGAUCCUACACCCUUGAGCAAGUCAAGACUUGGUGUACCUUCCAGCCUGUUACAAUAUUCACCUCCUGGAGCAGCUUUUUCUGCAGGUCUAUUCCUAACAAUCCCUAGGAGAAAGGCUGGAUUACUUGAUGAUGUCCGCUCUAACUCUUGGCUUGAUGCUAUGAAAUCUUCUUCGCCUCCUCACAGAAAGAUAACAAAGGAUGUUAACAACGAGCCUGUGGCAAAUGAGGCUGAUAUUGCUUAUCACACUUGGAUGGUUAAGUAUCCAUCAGCACUUACAUACUUUGAACAAAUCACCAAUUAUGCCAAGGGCAAGAGAAUAGCAUUAUUUCUGGAUUAUGAUGGGACUCUUUCACCAAUUGUAGAUAACCCUGACUGUGCCUUUAUGUCGGAUGCUAUGCGCGCAGCUGUAAGAAGGGUAGCAAAACAUUUCCCAACAGCAAUUAUUAGUGGAAGAAGCCAUGACAAGGUAUAUGAGUUUGUAGGACUAAAAGAACUCUAUUAUGCGGGUAGUCAUGGGAUGGACAUAAUGGGCCCUGUUAGACAAUCUACCGCUGAUGACCACAAAAAUGGUUUUAGGACUACUGACAAACAGGGUAAGGAUGUUAAUUUGUUCCAGCCUGCAGCUGAAUUUUUACCUAUGAUUGGCGAGGUUUAUGAAUCCCUUGUUGAAAGUACCAAAGACAUUGAAGGGGCUAAAGUUGAGAAUAAUAAGUUCUGUGUCUCUGUACAUUACCGCAACGUAGAUGAGAAGAGUUGGCCUGCAGUUGCACAGUGUGUCCAUGACGUUCUUAAAGACUACCCACGUCUCCGUUUGACUCAUGGGCGGAAGGUUUUAGAGGUACGACCUAUAAUAAACUGGGACAAAGGGAAGGCCGUCACAUUUUUACUUGAAUCUCUUGGGUUAAGCGAUUGCGAAGAUGUGCUCCCAAUAUAUAUUGGAGAUGACCGCACUGAUGAAGAUGCGUUCAAGGUCUUGAGGGAAGGAAACAGAGGUUAUGGCAUUUUAGUCUCUGCUGUGCCCAAGGAAACCAAUGCAUGUUACUCUCUCAGGGAACCCUCAGAGGUGAUGGAGUUUCUCAAGUCACUGGUGAUGUGGAGAAAGUCAAGUGCUCUAUAA